AUGUCGGUGGUGAGCGCAGUGCCGUUCAUGAAGCCGCUCCACAUGCGCUCUCCGGUGCCGCGGGGUCGCCGCCACACGCUGCCGGCCAGCGAGUUCCGCUCCCUCAGCCCGGAGGACGCCAUCAGCGUGUUCGAGAUUGAACGAGAAGCCUUCAUCUCGGUGUCCGGUGAGUGUCCUCUCCACCUGGACGAGGUGCGUCACUUCCUCAGCCUGUGUCCUGAGCUGUCUCUUGGCUGGUUCGAGGAGGGACGGCUGGUGGCUUUUAUCAUCGGCUCACUGUGGGACCAGGAGAGGCUUACCAUGGACGCUCUGACCCUCCACAAGCCCCACGGCCCCACCGUCCACAUCCACGUCCUGGCCGUCCACCGGACCUUCCGCCAGCAGGGGAAAGGCUCCAUCCUGAUGUGGCGCUACCUGCAGUACCUCCGCUGCCUGCCGUACGUCCGCCGCGCCGUGCUCAUGUGCGAAGACUUCCUGGUUCCAUUCUACCAGAAGUCAGGCUUCAAGGUUCAGGGCCCCAGCGAGAUCACAGUGGGGCCCCUGACCUUCAUCGAGAUGCUCUACCCAGUCAGGGGCCACGCCUUCAUGCGCCGCAACAGUGGCUGUUGAAGACAGACGGGACUGAAAGUGCAUCAUCUCUGGCUGUCAGGGAUGCUGGGAGCUCCCACCUCCCUCAGAAACAGAAAAGGGGACACGUGAGCAGUUGUGUUGUGCGCGAGCGAUCCGGUGCAGCGAUUGUGUUUGUGAUCGUCACUGUGAGAGAAACUUGCUCAGCAGGCAGCGAGGCGUGAAAUCUGAAUUCUGCACAGAGCUGAAAACA